GCAGAGUUAGGCCAGACACGUUUUGUCAUGUUAUAUUUGGUGAGAAUAGCUCCCAGAAACAUUUGACAGAGGAAGAUUUUGAUCUUAAGAGGAAGUUUACCUUUCCAUUCAAAGAUACUCUGACCGAAAGAAAUCUUUUUUUACCUACGAUUGCAAAUAUGUGAGGCUCUGAGAAAUGCAUGCGCCAUCAUCGGUGGUGGGCUCGUGGCGCCUUCAGGUGUAGGAGCACGCUUCUGGACGACCAGGGAUGGGUGCCGGGUGAGAUAUGUACAUAUGUGUUUUGGUAAAUCUUGAACGAGUCAAGUUGCAGAUGCUAAGGCUUUGAGAGAUGGUGCUCUGAAAAAUUGUACUCUGUACUGAAACAGAGGGCAAGCUAGUAGCUAGGUAGCGCCGAACACGAUCAUAUAGAUGCUGAACCUGUACCCGAGGCUGGCGCUUGCAGCGAGCGGCACGUUCUCGGUGGACGAGGACGAGCCCCAGAUCUGCUACGGCAUCAUGGUGGCAUUCGUCUCCCUGCUGCUCUUCUGCGUCCUCGUCGCCGUCGUCAGCGUGGCCAGGGCUUGCUCCAUCACUGGCCUCAUCGUCCUCUUGUUCGGGCUCGUCGGCUGGUUCGGCCCCAGGGGCGGCGCUGCCGCUGUUGCUGCCGCACGUAGAAAUGGCACGCGGCAGCGGCAGCAGCAGCCUAGCGUCGCCUCUGCCGCGCCCGCGCCAACGGCGGUGCGGCUGGCGCACCGGUGCACGUGCGGGAUGACGGACGCGGCCAUCGGCACCCUGCCGACGUUCGCGUACGAGGCCACGGGCGACGAAGGAGCGCGCCAGAGCUGCCUGCUCUGCGCGGUGUGCCUCGAGGACGUGCAGGCCGGCCAGACGGUCCGGGAGCUGCCGCCGUGCAGGCACCUGUUCCACGUGGACUGCAUCGACCUGUGGCUGCAGACGCACCGGACGUGCCCGCUCUGCCGCUGCGAGCUCCCGCUCCCGCCGCCACGGAAGGCCACCUCAAAAGCAGCUGCCGCUGGCACAGAGACAGAGUCUUCAACCAACGCGUCGUUACCACCGGUGUGAACGUGAUCCUUCACGUUACAACUGAUUCUGAUGGCACUCCUUUCGGUGACGUAAAUUAAGAAGAAACGAGAGAUGAUGGAUAGCUGGCCGGAUUUAGGGAUUAGCAUGUUCAUGCCAUAUGUUACUACACUACGUGAAAUUCAUUUGGGGGAAUAUAUCAUCAAUAAGACAAUGAAGAGAUUUCGUUUGGCGGUGGUCAA